AGCCCGGCUGCCCGCGGCAGCACAAGGCAACGGGGCUGUGGGCGCCGCCCUUCUCCAGGCGCAUCAUCUCUCGGCCGUGACUAGACUCGCAGGGCCGCCGCCGGCCCGCACCACCAGCCGCCAAGAUGUGCGACUGCUUCCACGUGGUGCUGCCCACCUGGCCCGGAGCCCCCGGCAGUGCGUCCGGUCGACAGCUGCAGCAGCAGGACCCAGGGGCUGAGACUGAAGAGGACCAUUCUGUGACCGAAGGGCCUGUGGGUGAGAUCAUUCGGCCAAGGCCGCAGGGGUCCUCACCUGUUUAUGAAUACACAGUUGAAGGUGCUGGCUUCGGAGCCCAGGAAAGCAACCAGGGCAGGCGCAGCUCCUCUGGCAGACGGAGAUCCUGGUGGAAAAGGGAUUCAGGGGAAUCCACAGCUUUCUCCAGCAUGAGUCACCCAGAGACUAUGCAGGAGGCAACAGAAGUGACCCUGAACACUGAGGUAGAGGCCGGAGCCAGUGGCUACACUGUCACAGGUGGAGGGGACCAGGGGAUCUUUGUCAAACAAGUGCUGAAAGACUCCUCUGCUGCAAAACUAUUCAGCCUGAGAGAAGGGGAUCAACUUCUCAGUGCAACCAUAUUCUUUGACCACAUGAAAUAUGAAGAUGCUCUUAAGAUCCUUCAGUACUCAGAACCAUACAAAGUGCAGUUCAGAAUCAAACGGAAGCUCUCUGCCAGCAAGGGAGAGGAGUCAGCCAUUCUGCAUUCUCAGCAAGGCUUGAAAAGCCAGGAAAAGCAGGACAAGGACACUGCUGAUGGAUACAUGGAGACCCCUACAAAGACACUAGAGGUAGAUGGAGACCGAGAAAGGCUUAUUUCUAAGUCCAGGGACGGUCACCAGAGGCGUCCCCAGGACAGACUCUCCUGGCCGAAAUUUCAAGCCUUAGGGAGCAAGCGGGCAUCAGGUCCCCGACGCUCACACAGUUCCUCAGAAGCCUCAGAGCAAAGGGACACACAUGAAGUGUCCCCCACAAGCACAGACACAGAGGCCCAGCUGACAGCUGACAGCCAGGAGCAGAAGUCAGGGACAAGACGACGAAGAAGGAAGUUCCUGAACCUGAGAUUUGGGAUGCGCUCAGGGCAGGGCGCAAAUAUAACUGAGCAGAUAGGCAGAGAGCCACAGGACAGGCGCGGUCAUGCUGGACUGCUGGAAGAGUCCCAGUUACAGGAGGAUGAGACACAGGCAUCUGGGUUCACGUCUGCUCUAUCUACACAGAUGCCCACGAACCUCAGUCAUUCCGACUUGGAAAAAGAAGGCCCUGGAGAAAUGGUGGUGAAAUCAGACAAACAUCAAAGGAAGAAAAAGCAGUUGGCAAAACAAGACAAGGAGAAGACAUUUAGCCAGCACAGAGCGGAGCCUGCCCCAGGAAGCAGCUGGGAUGGCGAAUGGGAGAUAGUGGAAAGUCUGGAGAUGGGCAUUGCAAGACUGUCCCUGCAAGACAAACCUGACCAAGGCAGCACACAGCUUGCACUGUGCAACUCAAAAACCCCAGAAACUGGGUUUUCAAAAAAAAACACAAAAGAGACCAAAAAAGGAAGUAAAGAAGUUGGAAUAGGGGAAAAGGAAAGGAGAGAAACAGUAGACAGGGGCAGAAAAGACAGGCAAGUGCCAGCAGAAUCACAAGGAAGAACGGGACAUGCUACAGAAAAAGGAAAGGAAGGAAGAGCAGGCUGGGAGAGCGAACAGGAGAAGAAAGACACAGAACAGGUCACACAGACAGGACAAAUAAAGGUGAAGAUGCCGAAGUUCAGGAUACCAUCCUUUGGAUGGUCUCCAACUAAGGAGGCAGUAACACAGAAGAGGGAGAGAAAAGAGGUGAGCACAGAGGACAAUGAGACACUGGACGAAGAAAAACGGAGAGAGGAACCAGAGAAAAAGGAAAGGGAAUGUAACGAAGACAGACAGACAACAGACAAAACACAGAGCAGAAAAGCUACACAGGCAUUGUACACAGAAUCAGACAUUGGAGACAAUGGCGGGGAAAACUCAGAAAAAGAAAUAAGCUUCAAGAUGACCAAGCUCAAGGAACCAUCCUUUUGUGAGAAUCCACCAGGCAAAAAUGGCACACAGGCAUCGAUGGUGGUGCAAACAUGCAAGAUGGAAGCAGAGGUGUCCCUGCCCUCCGUGGAGGGGUGA